UAUAAUGACCUAUAGCCUACUAUUGUGCAUUUCACAGCAACUAUGUGCCAGUAACGCUGGAGCCUGCACACGAAACACAGGCUGAGAGUGCAGUGGAGGAGUACUAGUAAACCACUUUUCUCGGCCCCAAUAUCUAUCCCAAAUUUUCAAUAGGAACAGAGAGUGUACCUUUUGUAGCUAAAGGUUGCUGUAUGAUCAUCGUAAUUGUGAGACACACGGCUCUGAGAAGGUACAGAGGUGUCGCCGCAAUGUAUCUGGGACAGUGUCACCCAGUGCGAUGCCUGGCGAAUUGGCUCACCAUUAUCAGUGCGUUGACAUUCCAGAAUACAGUGAUGGGUGUAGUCACAGCUGGAAAGCCUAAGCACAAUGUGAUGUCGGUGUCGAAGACGCAGAAGCUGAAAAGCUUGACGAGCGGCCUCUCCAACAUGGACCACUUCUUCAAGACUGAGCUCGCACCGUUCAUGCGAGUGCGCGUGCCCGGGUCGGAAGGCCUUGUGGCCGUGCGUAAUUACAUAACGUCAGAGUUUGCGAAUAACAUCAAAGCACCGUGGCACGUGGAGGUGGAUUCGUUCACGGACGACACUCCGGUUGGAAACAUCACCUUCCACAACGUCAUAGCAACACUGAAUCCACAAGCGCCGAGACGCCUGACACUGGCAUGCCACUACGACAGUAAGCUGUUUGCUCCUCGCGGGGACGGCCGCGAGUUUCUGGGAGCAACGGAUUCGGCCGUGCCCUGCGCCAUGCUAAUGGAGUUGGCACGGCGACUCGACGACAAGCUCAUGAACAGGAAGAAGAUGAUGGACGUCACACUGCAAUUGAUAUUCUUUGAUGGCGAGGAGGCGUUUGUGGACUGGACUGCCACCGACUCCAUUUACGGAUCGCGUCACCUGGCAGCUCGCAUGGAUAACAACUCGCAUGUGUCUGAUCCGGACAAGACGGAGCUUGAUAUGAUGGAUGCUCUUGUUUUGCUCGAUUUGAUUGGCUCGCGGCAGCCGCCACUGGCGUUUUAUGACCAUUUCGACAACACCACUCACCUCUUCAAGCAGCUUAUCAGCAUUGAAAAGCGUCUAAGAAAGAAAGACCUCCUGAUUAAUCCAAAAGGUCCGACAUACUUCAAGGAGCAAAAGCCCAAUGAGAGAAUGCUCGUCGAAGACGACCACAUACCAUUCCUCCGCCGUGGCGUACCAUGCCUGCAUUUGAUAACGCUGCCGUUCCCGGAGGUUUGGCACACGAUCCACGACGACUGGACGGCGUUGGACCGCGCCACGAUCGACAACAUCAGCCGCAUUCUGCGUGUGUUCGUCGUUGAGUAUCUACACCUCACCUAAGACCUUGUCGGUGCCGCGAGUGCAGGCCACGAAUGCAUCCAUUCACACCAGGGAGCAGUACAAUUUUACUACUCCCUGAUUCACACUCUACAUCUUGGAGUAGUAAAAUGCUACUUCCUGCUCUACAUGUACUUUGCAGUAGGACACAUUUGACGCGAAGUUUCCUUUGUAUGACAUGGGAACUCUUGUUAUACAGACUGUACUUGUACAUCAAACCUGUGCUGGCACAGAUUUGUGAAUUUUACAGCAGAUCAGAUGCACUCGCCGUUGUAAUCUAGCUAUUCUUGAAAUGAUUGCUUUUUUUUAAAGACACACAUUAUUUUGAAAAGGAGUUUUGAGUUUUUGUUGUUGCAUUCUCCGACUUGAGAAGCACACGUAAAUGAGAUUCUGCGC